GCUGGCCUUACAUGCAAAAUUAUGCAUGAUAUGUUCAUUGAAAAACAUCCUGAUCUUAGCAAAACAAUUAAAUAUGAAUACUUCCUUAAUUACUACAAAGAAAAAUAUGGAUACCGAUUCGGUAGGCCACAAGUUGAUGUGUGUUCUACAUGCGAAAAUCUUAAUACUAAAAUUAAAUCUACAAAUCUGACUGAUAGUGCAAAGAAAACAUCUGCAGUGGAGUUAAUGAUCCAUAAAAGGAGAGCAUGUAAAUUUUACAAAAAGAUUGAAGAGAUCACUGAAAUUUGCAAAAAUAGGGAUGAUGUUCAUGCAGUGUGUUUUGAUUUUAUGCAAAACCUCCCUUUACCUUGCAUGCCUGUGCAGGAGAUGUUUUAUCUCCGAAAAUUAUGGCAUUAUGUGUUUUGUGUCCACAGCUUAAGUGAUGACAAGGCUACAAUGUAUACAUACCAUGAAGGAGUUGCAAAAAAAGGUGCUAACGAUGUGUGUUCCUUAUUGAAUGACUACAUCAAAAACAGUGUUAAUGAACAAGUAAAAACUCUUUAUGUUUUUAGUGAUGCAUGCCCAGGGCAAAAUCGUAACCAAACAAUGGUUAGGUAUUUUUUAUCAUUAACUCUUAUGAAGCGGUUUCAUGAAAUUCAAGUUUUUUUCCCAACUAGAGGGCACAGUUUUUUACCUUGUGACCGGGAUUUUGGGGUCAUCAAGAGGGUAAUUCGUCGCCAUGACAGAGUUUAUUCCCCUGAGCAAUACAACAAAAUGAUACAAAGUGCAAAAAAACUGGAGCCUAAGUUCAUAGUAAAAAGUGUUAAAAAUCAUGACAUACUUGAUUUUAACCAGUGGUGGCCUGAAUAUUUCAAAAAAACCUGUCAAAGUGUAAGAACUAAGGAACCUUUCAAAGUCAGUACAUACAGCCAUCUUACUUUUUCUGCAGCAAAAAGGGGAUACGUGACUGCACGUCGAUUCAUUGAUGGAUUGAACAGUGAUAGUAUUUUCAAACUUUACAAAGGUGGUGAAGUUAUCCUUCCAAGUGAAAGAGCCUAUAAUGGAAAAGUUCCAAUUAAGGUAGCUAAACUUAAUGAUGUAUCUAAAAUAAUACAUUAUGUGCCAGAUCAAUAUAGACUUUUUUAUGAGAACAUAUUGGAGUGGCCUUCAACUACUGAUAACCAAGAAGACGGUGAUGACUAAAAAUACCUACUGAAAAUCCAAGCUAAAAAGCAACAUUUUACAUUGUAACUCCUUUGUUUCUAAGUAAUUAUUGCAAUUUCAUAUUUUGAGACAAUUAAAACUAUUUGAUUUGAUAAAA